ACAGAAAUUUGUUCUUUCAUGUGUUAUAAAAAAAUAAUACAUUUUAUACCUCUUGUCGCUGAACGAAAAGUUUGGAACUCCUGUCUUUGUAUCCUUGUUCCAGUUACUGCUUUGCUUUCUACGAUUUACCUCUUAGGGAGUUUAUAUGUAGAACCAGAAGCUAGGGAGAGAGCAUUUACAUGGAGAGUGGCUGAUGUUUUGAAAAGCUCAAAUGUUCAAAAUUGUCAGAACCAAUGCAGGCCUCCCGGAAGUGAGUCAUUACCUGAAGGUAUCAUUGAAAAUACGUCUAACUUGCAAAUGAGACCUUUAUGGGGCUUUCCAGAGAAGGAAAAUACUUCCACCAGCUUACUUGCAGUUGCUGUUGGAAUAAAGCAAAAAGAUCUAGUAGACACAUUGGUCAAGACGUUUCUAUCUAGUGGUUUCGUAGUCAUGCUUUUCCACUAUGAUGGUAUUGUUGAUGAAUGGAAGCAUUUUGAAUGGUGUGAUAAAGUCAUACAUGUUUCUGCACGCAAUCAAACUAAAUGGUGGUUUGCAAAGCGUUUCUUACACCCCGAUAUUGUUUCAGAAUAUAGUUACAUUUUCCUCUGGGAUGAGGACCUUGGAGUUGAACAUUUUCACCCUAAAGAAUAUGUGUCAAUUAUUGAGCAUGAAGGGCUUGAGAUAUCACAGCCUGCACUUGAUCGUUAUAAAUCAGAGUUACAUCACCAGAUUACUGCACGUGAAAGGAAGUCAAUAGUGCACAGGAGAACUUUCAAACAACAAGCUAAGGGGAAGUAUUGUGAUAGUCAUAGUAAAGACCCUCCAUGCACAGGGUGGAUAGAAAUGAUGGCCCCUGUUUUCUCGAGACCUGCCUGGCGUUGUGUAUGGUACAUGAUUCAGAAUGACUUGAUCCAUGCCUGGGGCCUUGAUAUGCAAGUUGGUUAUUGCGCACAGGGUGAUCGAACCAGCAAUAUUGGUAUUGUGGAUUCUGAGUAUGUAGUCCACCAUAAUCGUCCUUCCCUAGGGGGCGUCGAUGCGAAAAAUCACUCUAAUGCUGAAGGCCGACGGCCGGACAAGGGUAACCGAAUCAAAGGUAUUGUUGUGAAUGCUGCGUACAUACUCCGCCAUUAUCCUAUGCUAGCAGACUCAGUCGAAAAAAAUCACUCUACUUUUAAAGGCGGACACCAAAAGAAGAAAUCUCAUCAUUCACAUUCCAAAGAACCUAGAGUAGAAAUAAGGAGGCAGUCGUUUGUUGAGUUGUAUCUUUUCAGACGACGAUGGGAAAAUGCUGUCGAGAACGAUAAGUGCUGGGUUGAUCCGUAUCACUAGCAAAUGAACGUCACCUACAUCUCCGGUUUCGUUCGACUAUGGUAAAGCUGCGUAAGAUAUUAUACACCAUUGUGCAUAAUAGUCAUAAAUGUUGCUGUAUAGAAGAGAUUGAGCAGGUACUUGAGCCGAGCUCCGUUACU